UCGUAUAUAGGGUCGUCCAGUUGCCAGUUGAUAUUUUUGAAGAGCUACAUCGCAUACGCUUGAAGGCAUGUCGACGCAUUUCCUGCAACAUCAGACUUCGGGUCCUCACGAGGAUGCCGUCUGGCAACUGACUUGGACGAAUAAGAACGAGGUCGUUUCCGCUUCGGCUGAUGGAGGUGUUCGAGUUUGGUCACCAAUCAACCCCGCCAAGCCUACUGUCCACCUAAGAGCCCACCGCCUGGGUAUCUCAUCUCUUUCGGUCGACUCAUCCGGUAUCAGAGCGUUGUCGACUUCUAUCGAGGGGAAUGUAGUCUUGAGCGAUCUAGGAGUUGAAGGCGGGAAGAUUCUAGGGAGGAAGGAGACUUUCGGGGAAGAAGGGGAAGACGGUAGCGUCAUCUCCUCUUUCUCCCUAGCCCUCCACCCUUCUUCGUCUCACUGGGCAUCAACCGGCCAGUCUGCCAAAAUCGGUUUCUACACUCUUCCCGCUCACCUCCGAGCUGGUGCCAGUGCGAGUGAGGCUGAGAACGAAAACUUAGCCGAGGAAGGCGGAGACGGAUUGGGCUCGCUGGAAAAGGUCGUAGAGACCGGCAAGAGCAAGUUUGGGAUGUGCUUGAAAUACAGCCCAGAUGGAAGAUCCCUAGCUUUGUCGACGGAAUCCGGGCAGAUCAUGAUCCUGGACACCGAAUCGAGGCAGGUCGUCGCUACCCAUACGUCGCAUGCGAUGUGUGUGAGGACAUUGAGCUGGAGCGGAGAUAGUCAGUACUUGUUCUCCGGAUCUGACGACCGACGGAUUGUUCUGCACGACGUCCGAGCCGGAUCUGCCGGUUCGUCCGGCAGGGGAAGCGCUGCGGUGGCUGAAAUGAAGGGACAUUCGAGCUGGGUUUUGAGCUUGGGAGCUAGUCCGGAUGGGAGAGGCUUGGUCUCUGGUGGCGCUGACUCGACCCUCCGACUAUGGGACGUUGCCCAACGCGCCUGUCUCUCGACAACCCAGACGGGGAGUCAAGUAUGGGCAGUCGAUUGGCAGCCUAUCCAGGCGGAUCAGACGAGGGUGGGUAAGGAUUUCGUGUGGGGAGGCGAGGAGGCGAGGGUCAAUUGGAUGAGUAGCGCUGGCAGUGGGAAUUAAGAGUGGUUCAGGGUGGAAGGGCAAGACCACGUGGGGAGUUUUAUAGGUGGGUAUUCAACCCGAUGGAAGUCAGGGCAUUCAAAACGCGGGACGUCUGGCAAGAAAUUAUGCAAUAAUUUCAGAUGUCGCCUCGGAGCUAUCCUCGAAAAUCGAUUCCAGGUCGGCGUGCAGACAGAACACCCUUGUCGGCGAUCUACUAGGCUCGGCGUUCUGGCUGGCCUGUUCCGUCCGCUCGUCUUUCCGGAUGAGCUGCCAUAUUCAGAAAUCAGCUUCGAAAGUUGAUAGUCAACGGCGAAGCAGGGUCCUCAUGAAUUUCUAGAUCAGUCAUGGAGAGGGCAUGAUUUUACAACAACAUACUAUCGAACAAAAUGAGCUUGGAGAGGC